AUGGACCCAUCAACGGAUUCUGGUGAGGUCACGCUGGGGCAAAUGCCACCCCCAACUAGCACAGAUGCAAUGAUGACCAACGCGGUUGCCUCGCCGUUGCCAGCAUCGCCCACGUCUGGCAAAAAGGCAUCAGCGAGUGCCCUGAGUGCAGCUCCAGCACCUAGGAUACUUAAAAAGAAAGUAUUAUCAAUAAAGAAAUCCACUCUACCAUCCUCUGCUCUAGGCUUGGAACAAUCUGGUGUUGCUGCGAAUGACCCAGCCCCCGAGCCAGAGAAAGUAGUUGAUGUGACACCAUCGACAAUGACUUUUGCUGAGCCAUCAGUGCCAGCUGAAAAUCCUGCCCCCACGCCCAUCGAUGCUGCAGGUGCCAAUGUUGAAAACACGCUGAUCGCUGAGGUGGAGCUGGACGAUGCAAGAAGGGUUCCAGAAACUCCCAUAGGAGACCUACAGCAGCAGCCGGCUCCUGACAGGCAAGACGCUGCGGGUAGUUCAAUAGUUGGAGCUUUGAUCCAGCCACCAAGUUGGGAAAGCGACAUCCCACAUGAGCUAAUCGACGAUCCAAUGCUGAUAUCGGAGUAG